GAGGACAGAGGGGUACGCCUCUUCCGACUCUGUUCGUUCCGCUGCAACUUUGCGUGCUCGUCUGGCUUUUAGCAGCCGAGGGCAGGGGCGCUGUUUUGCAUCCAGCUGCCGGAAAGAACGACGUCUAAUCCCCUCGGUUUCCAACGAAGUUUGGCACCCGGACGCAGUGGAGAGAGUUGCUAAAACUUAACGGAGAAGACAUGCAUUGACGCCGCGCUGGGAGCACAGGAUGACAGCCGAGUUCUUUUAGACGCCAAAUAGGUGACAAGGCACCACCUGGCGAGGGAGCAGAAGAAGGCACGGAUCUGAAGUACAAACUUUUAUCUUUCUUCCAUGUGUUCAUUUUACGGGAUGGAGUGAAGUUACACCCGAUGUGAUUCGUCUUUUUUCCCCCCCACUUAAAACGACAGACUGCUGGGCCGGGGUAGAAGGAGGUCUAGUACUGCGAGAUUCCCGAGCCCGGAUCGCAACUCAUUCACUCCUGUCUGUAUUACGACCUGCAUGGAACCAAUGAUGUUUGCGUAACUUGUUCCCUUUUUUCAUUUGACUCGGGUGUGAAAUCCUCAUUUUUUGCAGACUCCACUCAACUUGGAUUUAAUAACCAAAGUGACACCUUUCAGCAGUUCGGGCAGUUCUGCGGAGCUGCUUUCGUUAGACUGAGUUGCCAAUGGAACUCGAAAAUAUCGUAGCCAACACAGUACUGCUGAAAGCCCGAGAAGGUGGGGGAGGCAAGCGGAAGGGACGCAGUAAAAAAUGGCGUGAGAUCCUAAAAUUUCCUCACAUUAGUCAGUGUGGGGACCUUCGCAACUGCAUAGACAAAGAUUACAACAACCUCUGUAACAAACAACCCAUCGGCCGUCUCCUUUUUCGUCAGUACUGUGAGACACGUAAGGAACUGCUGCGCUGUAUCCGCUUCCUGGAUGCUGUGGCAGAUUAUGAAGUAACUCCAGAUGAACAACUGAAGGCAAAAGGAGAGGAAAUUGUUCUGAAGUUUUUUACAAAUGAGUCUGCAGAUUUUGUUCCAGAAGUCCAGGAAGAAUUAGUUAAACAAUGUCAAGAGAGUCUGGAGAGCAGUCCUAGCAAAGAACUCUUCAGUGAAAGUGUCAGAGCUCUUCAUGAUUUUCUAAGUGGGUCACCUUUCACCAGUUACCAGGAUUCCAUGUACUAUGAUCGUUUUCUGCAAUGGAAGGUCUUAGAACGACAACCUGUUACAAAGGACACAUUUAGACAGUACAGAGUACUGGGAAAAGGAGGAUUUGGAGAGGUAUGUGCUUGUCAAGUCAGAGCUACUGGGAAAAUGUAUGCCUGCAAGAAACUUGAAAAGAAGAGAAUCAAAAAAAGAAAAGGGGAAGCAAUGGCUUUAAAUGAAAAGCAGAUCUUAGAAAAAGUGAACAGCAGAUUUGUAGUUAGUUUAGCUUAUGCUUAUGAAACCAAAGAUGCACUGUGUUUAGUUCUGACAAUCAUGAAUGGUGGAGACCUCAAGUUUCACAUCUAUAACAUUGGAUCUCCUGGCUUUGAGGAGGAGAGGGUGCAUUUCUAUGCUGCGGAAAUCUGCUGUGGUUUAGAACAUCUUCACAGCGAAGGCAUCGUGUACAGGGAUUUAAAGCCAGAGAAUAUUCUGCUAGAUGACAAUGGCCACAUUCGGAUAUCUGACCUGGGUCUCGCAGUUAAGGUUCCUCCAGGAGAAACUAUCAGAGGACGAGUGGGAACAGUUGGCUACAUGGCUCCUGAGGUGAUUAACAAUGAGCGGUACACAAUGAGCCCAGACUGGUGGGGCUUGGGUUGCCUAAUUUUUGAGAUGACAGCUGGCCAUUCACCUUUCCGUGCACGCAAGGAGCGUGUGAAGAGAGAGGAAGUAGAAAAGCGAGUACAGGAAGAAGAAGCAGAAUACAGCAAAAAGUUCACAGAGGAUGCCAAAUCUAUCUGCAAAAAACUGCUGACAAAAGAUUACACACAACGACUAGGAUGCAGUACGGAGGGAGGUGCAGAAGUGAAAGCCCAUCCAUUCUUUAAGACCAUUAAUUUCAAGAGGCUAGAAGCUGGCAUGUUGGAGCCAUCCUUUGUUCCUGAUCCAAGGGCUGUCUACUGCAAAGAUGUGCUGGACAUUGAACAGUUCUCCACUGUUAAAGGAGUCAAUCUGGACCAAACAGACAAUGAUUUCUAUGUCAAAUUUGCUACAGGAAGUGUUUCUAUCCCAUGGCAGAAUGAGAUGAUAGAAACAGAGUGUUUCAAGGAUUUGAAUGUUUUUGGACCAAAUGAGACUAGAUCACUGGAUCUAGACUGGAAUCUGCCUCCAGAUCCUCCAAAACGCAGCUUCUUCGACAGACUUUUCAGAAGACAACCUCAGAAUAAUGUCACAUUCGGUGACAAUGCAAAUCACUCCAUGAAUGUAAACUCCGCAUCCCCUAGCACACACACUGGAUCAGAAGGAAAUGAAGGCUUGUGACAAUGUGCCUUCCAUCAAGAUUCUGUGGACUGUGUGGUGUUUUU